AACAAUGAACAAACAGAAACGCAAAGCCCGUGCGAGUAUACCAUCCGCCACAAAUGGCAACGAUUCCGAUGGUUCAGAUUACGAAGUGGAAUGGCACGUGAAGCCCACACCGCCAAAGGUCAACAAAGCCGAACUGUACCCAUUGCCACCACAGGUUACCAAGAAUCUACAGAAGCCGGCACGCGGUGCACGGAAAGUGUCCACAUCUUCGGAAAGCGAUGUGGAGACUGGGGAAGGUUUGCCGACACUGACCACCGAACAGAUUAAUGGCAUUCUGGAAACGAUAAAAAACAACAAACGGUUUGUUUUGAUAGUAAAGAACGUUAAUUUCUCCACUGCCAAGGAAGAGAUUUGGCAACACUUUGAUCAAGCCGGUCGUGUGAAGGGUGUUCGCAUACCGAAACAUCGUUCGUCUGGGUUCGCGUUUGUGGAGAUGGAAAAUCCUGAUGGGUUUCAGAAAGCAUUCCUGCUCGAUGGUUCGUAUCUUGAUGGGAGAAAAAUCAGCGUAAACCUUUCAGAAAGCGGUAGCAAAAAGUCCGCUACCCGUAUCCAGCUGCUUGAGAAGAAAAAUGCCGAAAUUUUAAAGCUUCGGAAGAAAAAUAGGAAAAAUGUUGCGGCAGAAGAAAUAACGCUCGUGCCGGAUCCAACCCUGCUGCAGAAGAAAGUUCCACCACCGGACAAAUAUCUCGACAAGCCGAAACGGAAGCAGCUAACGAAAAAGGAGCGAAAGGAGCAGAAGCAAAAGACUUCACUGCGGGCAAAGUUUAAGAAUUUAGAAAAGAAAGGAAUAAAGGCGUAAACAGUUG